CGCAAGCGACCGCACCAUACUUUUCUAGCGUAAGACGGCGACUGUUUCUGCGCUCGCACGAAGAUGGUGCAGAGGCAGAAGCGGUCAGAUGUGCCAGACAUGGCAGUCCUCACACUCGAUGACUUGCCGGAGCUCACCAUGAGCGAUGCAAGCUCCCAAUCGACCGCCAGCUCGUGCCAGCCCGAGUCAGUGCCAGACGAGCUCCUAGCCGAUGCAAAUGGUAAAGCGGACAGUUACUCUGCCGAUCUCGAAGCCAGCCCAUCUCCGACGCUCUCUUGCGAGAUUCUGAGCUGGACAGAGCCACAUGUUCACUUUGGUCGAAGGCGGGGCUCGCCUACCGUCAGAUCACAGCGAGAGCGCAAGACGAGCAUCAAGAGCGGCGCGAGUACGCCGACCAGAACUUCAAAGCGCUAUGUCAUGCCCUCGGACCUCGAGACAAUGACGAUAGACCCUCGUCAGCAGUCCAUUCACUCUGUACUCAGUAACCCGGCCGCAGACAGUCACCAAGCACCACUGCAUACUGUCCUCAGUACGUGCUCAGACGGCGCGCCUGUAAGCCCGACCGACGACCGCGAGGAUACCGAGGGCGAUAUGCGAGGCAGGAGCACAUCUGUUCGCGCAACGACGAAUGCUUGGUGGUAUCACGGUGCAAGCAUGUCACCGUUGCGCAAAGCCAAACAAGUCCUCGCAUCCGGCCGCGUCACGCGCUCUGGCAAACCGAGGGCGCACUCUCGGGAGCGUCAGCAUCACUCGAUCACUGCAUCGCCUCAAUGAAAGCACACCAGCAAAAAAAACCAUACUCGCGCACAUAGCCAUACUCGCCUCAGUCGCAAUACGUAUUCGUGGCAGCCAUUUCAUUCCUUGUUGUACAUAGCCCCGCUUGAAAAAGCUGAUAGCACAUUGCAUAGUUGACAACAACAGAACAAAAGGCUUGGGUCU